CAAACAGUGAGCCUGAGCGUUUCUGGGCUUUUAUUGGCUCCUUUGUUUCCUAACAAACAUGACGUCACCGCUAUAGACAGAGCAGCCAAUCAGAGCCCAGAGCAGCUGGUCUCUAUGGUAACGACGGAUCGUUUGGAGCAGAGCAGGGUCGGACUGAAGCUGAGAACAAACUGGUUCAACUGGGAGAACUGGAGCAGAAACUGUCAUGGCAGGAACGUCCAGACACGACCGAGCGAUGGCCCAGAAGGCCAAGCAGCAGCUGUCGGGAUGUUCUGACCCGGUGGAGCGGCUCCGGCUGCAGUGUCUGACCCGAGGCUCGUCUGGGAUCAAAGGCCUAGGCAGGACCUUCAGGAUCAUGGACGACAACGAGAACCGCUCCCUGGACUUCAAGGAGUUCCUGAAGGGCCUGAACGACUACGGGCUGCUGAUCGAGAAGGACGAGGCCUCCGCCUUGUUCCGCCACUUCGACCGCGAUGGCAGCGGCUCCAUCGACUUUGACGAGUUCCUCAUCACCCUGAGGCCUCCCAUGUCCAAGUCUAGGAUGGAGGAGGUGAUGGAGGCGUUCAGGAAGCUGGAUAGGACCGGAGACGGCGUGAUCACCGUGGACGACCUGAGGGGCGUCUACAACGCCAAGUACCACCCAAAGUACCAGAACGGGGAGUGGACCGAGGAGCAGGUGUUCCGGACCUUCCUGGACAGCUUCGACUCUCCGUACGACAAAGACGGGAAGGUGACCAAAGAAGAGUUCCUGAACUACUACAGCGGCGUCAGCGCCUCCAUCGACAGCGACGCCUACUUCAUCCUGAUGAUGAGGAACGCCUGGAAGCUCUGAGGCCGCAUGAGCUAUGACUCAUUUAUAACGAUGAUAUUAAUGUUUUACAGUGAUCACUAUUUAUAAUGAUAAUGUUUUACAGUGAUCACUAUUGAUAAUAAUAAUGUUUUACAGUGAUCACUAUUGAUAAUAUUGAUGUUUUACAGUGAUCACUAUUGAUAAUAUUGAUGUUUUACAGUGAUCACUAUUGAUAAUAUUGAUGUUUUACAGUGAUCACUAUUGAUUAUAAUAUUAAUGUUUUACAGUGAUCACUAUUUAUAAUAAUAAUGUUUUACAGUGAUCACUAUUGAUAAUAUUGAUGUUUUACAGUGAUCACUAUUUAUAAUGAUAAUGUUUUACAGUGAUCACUAUUGAUUAUAAUAUUAAUGUUAUUAAUGGUUUAUGGUAAUCACUGAUAUCAAAUAAUUGAUUUCCAUCUUUAUGAAGUUUUACUUCAACAUUUCAACAGAAACUUUUCAUUUUUUACUUUAUUGUUCAUAAUCAAUAAUUGGUUAAUGAUGGUUAAAUAAAGGUCCUAGUUCAAACCUGGCAGUAUGUACAGAACAUUAAUGGAGACAAAGCAGAGUCGUACAUUCUGGUCUGGAUGCUCGUGACGUUUGGACCGGGUCGGAUUUUACAGCAGCAGCGCCGACCCGACCCGACCACAAUCAGAACAAACAGGUCGCCGUGGCAACAGGAAGUCCCCACUCAGCACGCGAUGCGUUUGAGUGCUGCAGGGGAAACGAGACUCUGCAGCAGCAGCAGGUUCUGGACGGGCCCAGAACCGGACGGGUCCGGUUGGGAGCAGCUUCUAAAGAAGGUCUCUGAUGUUUCCACAGGUUCUACUGCUGUUAGGAACCAGAACCCAAACAGAACCGGGUCAAACAACAGAACAUGUAGAACUCUGAAGGUUCUGGAGGCUGAACAUGACCGGCAACCAGCUGGUUUCCAUGGAAACCGGCAACCAGCUGGUUUCCAUGGAAACCGGCCUUUAUAAUCACUUCGACCCAAUCUGUACUGUGAUUGGCUUCUGACCUGGUUCUGACCCAAAUGAUCGGACUGAAUGCUGAUUCUUUGGUUCCUUCAGAUGACCUUCGAUCUGAACUGAACGGAUCAGAACCAGAGGAACCAUUCUGUGUCUUGGUUCUGUUGGGUUUGGUUCUGCUGAUGGAUCAGUUCCAUCAGGAGGUUCUGGUGCCGGAUGAAGGAUGUCUAUCAGAACCUUCUUAUUGGUUCUGAUCAGGUCUCUGAGGUUCCCUGCUGAGAUCAGAACUUUGGGUCCAGAACCACCAGAACAGGUCAAAUGGACCACCUGGUUCUGCUGCCAUGUUCCACCAACAGAACCUUCUGGUUUCACUGAGCUUCAUGGAAAACCAAAGUCCAUUUGGACCUGCAGCAGAACCUGUGAAAGCAGCAGAACCAAUUUGAUCCAAAUGUUCAGAACCAGCAGCAGGUCCAGUCUGAGACAGAGACAUAACAGGAGAUGAUGAUAAUAAUGAUAAUAACAAUGAUAACAAUGAUAAUAACAAUGAUAACAAUGAUAAUAACAAUGA